CGGGCGGGGCUGGCCGCCGGGGAGUCCUAGCUCGAGCCCCCGCCCCAGGCCGGCCGCAGGCGUUCUCCGGCUGGAGCCCGAGGCCGCAGCGCGGGGCCGGCCCAGCCUCCAUUCCAGUGCCGGCGCCGAGCCCAGCAUCCCCGAGUCCGCUGGACCCGCGGCUGCGCGGCAGGUGCCCCGGGAGCCGCCCGCUGCUGCCUGGCCUCGGCCUCCCCGCCCGGGGCAGCGGCCACCAUGUUCUCAUGCGUGAAGCCCUAUGAGGAUCAGAACUACUCGGCCCUGAAACGGGCCUGUCUGCGAAGGAAGGUGCUCUUCGAGGACCCCCACUUCCCGGCCACCGACGACUCACUCUACUACAAGAGCACCCCAGGGCCCACGGUCCGGUGGAAGCGCCCCAAGGACAUCUGUGAGGACCCCCGUCUCUUUGUGGACGGCAUCAGCUCCCACGACCUGCACCAGGGCCAGGUGGGCAACUGCUGGUUUGUGGCGGCCUGCUCAUCGCUCGCCUCCCGGGAGUCACUAUGGCAAAAGGUCAUCCCAGACUGGAAGGAGCAGGAGUGGGAUCCCGAGAAGCCCAACGCCUACGCGGGCAUCUUCCACUUCCACUUCUGGCGCUUCGGGGAGUGGGUGGAUGUGGUCAUUGACGACCGGCUGCCCACGGUCAACAACCAGCUCAUCUACUGCCACUCCAGCUCCCGCAAUGAGUUCUGGUGUGCCUUGGUGGAGAAGGCCUACGCCAAACUGGCGGGCUGUUACCAGGCCCUGGAUGGGGGCAACACGGCAGAUGCACUGGUGGACUUCACCGGGGGGGUUUCCGAGCCCAUCGACUUGACCGAGGGUGACUUUGCCAAUGAUGAGGCCAAGAGGAACCAGCUCUUUGAGCGCAUGCUGAAGGUGCACAGCCGGGGAGGCCUCAUCAGCGCCUCCAUCAAGGCGGUGACGGCGGCAGACAUGGAAGCCCGGCUGGCCUGCGGGCUGGUGAAGGGCCACGCGUACGCCGUCACCGACGUGCGCAAGGUGCGCCUGGGCCACGGCCUGCUGGCCUUCUUCAAGUCCGAGAAGCUGGACAUGAUCCGCCUGCGCAACCCCUGGGGGGAGCGGGAGUGGAACGGGCCGUGGAGCGACACCUCAGAGGAGUGGCAGAAAGUGAGCAAGAGUGAGCGGGAGAAGAUGGGCGUGACGGUGCAGGAUGACGGCGAGUUCUGGAUGACCUUCGAGGACGUGUGCCGCUACUUCACCGACAUCAUCAAGUGCCGGCUGCUCAACACGUCUUACCUGAGCAUCCACAAGACGUGGGAGGAGGCCCGGCUGCGGGGCGCCUGGACGCGGCACGAGGACCCGCUGCAGAACCGCAGCGGGGGCUGCAUCAACCACAAGAACACCUUUUUCCAGAACCCGCAGUACAUCUUUGAUGUCAAGAAGCCAGAAGAUGAGGUGCUGGUCUGCAUCCAGCAGCGGCCCAAACAGUCCACGCGCCGGGAUGGCAAGGGUGAAAACCUGGCCAUUGGCUUCGACAUCUACAAGGUGGAGGAGAACCGCCAGUACCGCAUGCACAGCCUGCAGCACAGGGCCGCCAGCUCCAUCUACAUCAACUCCCGCAGCGUCUUCCUGCGCACGGAGCAGCCCGAGGGCCGCUACGUCAUCAUCCCCACCACCUUCGAGCCGGGCCACACGGGCGAGUUCCUGCUUCGAGUCUUCACCGACGUGCCCUCCGACUGCCGGGAGCUGCGCCUGGACGAGCCCCCCCGCUCCUGCUGGAGCUCCCUGUGCGGCUACCCCCAGCAGGUCACCCAGGUGCAUGUCCUGAGGGCUGCUGGUCUCAAGGACUCCCCGACAGGGGCUGACUCUUACGUGAUCAUCAAGUGUGAGGGGGACAAGGUGCGCUCGGCCGUGCGGAGAGGCACCUCGACGCCUGAGUACGACGUGAAGGGCGUCUUCUACCGCAAGAAGCCGAGUCAGCCCAUCACGGUCCAGAUCUGGAACCACCGAGUCCUGAAGGACGAGUUCCUGGGUCAAGUGCACCUGAAGGCCAACCCGGACGACCUCCAGGCCCUGCACACCCUCCACCUCCGAGACCGCAGCAGCCAGCAGCCCAGCGACCUGCCGGGCACCGUGGCUGUGUGCAUCCUCAGCAGUGCCUCCCUCACGGCCGUCUGAUCCCUGCCCCUCACCUGCCCCCACAGUUCUCACCGUCAUCUGCAUGUCCCCAACCAGGCCAGGGACUAGGCUGGGAACCAGGACACUGAGGUCCUUCCCCCAGCUUUUCCACUGACUUGCUGUGUGACCUUGGGAGGUCUCUGCCCCUCUCUGGGCCUCAGUAUCCCGAGGACCCUAAAGCAUUCCCUUCUCAUAGAGGAGUCUUCUUGCCUGAGAUUUAAAGUAGCCCCCCCCUGCCCCAACUGCCACCAUGGCUAAGGGACUCUAUCCGUUGAAAGCAUUUUCCCGAGGCCCUGCUCUCUGCCAACGGAGUGCCAAGGAUGUCACUUGUUUACACUCAAACUGCCACAUCCCAAGGUCCACUCUUGCCCCUCGUGUCCCAGGCCUGCCCCAGUGUCCCAGACUUGCUUUCUCUGUCACUUACAUCUGGUUGAAGGGGCUCUUGGGUUCCCACGCAGGCCGGAGUUUGGGUAGCUGUUCUUCCUCUAAUCCCAUCCGCUCGCCUGCACAUCACUUAGUGAUUCAAAGGAGGUUUGCCGAGGGAGGAAGCGCUGCUGUGAGCCCCAGAGUGGAGCCAGGCCCCUCCCGCAGCGCUGGGAGACCUGGCGUCCGUCCUGGGCCUCGCCUCUGCUCUCAGGUCCUCUCAGAGGCAGACAGACGCCCAGACAAGCUGCAGCCGCCUUCUCCAUCCAGCCUCCGGUUUCAUCCCCAGCCUCUGGUUUAGGGUCCCUGGAGAGGUGGCAGAAGGGUGUCCUGCUUCCACUGCCCUGAUGCGGGAAGGCGUGUGUCCGGUGUCGUGGGCCGGGCAGGUGGAGGGGGCCGUGGGGACCGGAGGGGGGUGUGGGGACCCGAGGGGAAGGCCCCUCUGCUGCCAGACCCGGGCUUUUCCUGGGAAAAGGGGCUCUGGGUGGUGGUCUCAGGCCCCCUGGGAUCAGGUCACACAUCGGGCUGGGCAGGAGGUGGUAAGUCCAUCCCCUGACCAGAGACCCCCUCCGCCAACAUCCUCCCACACACAGCCGAGGGGGCGACAGCCCUCGCUGCCGGGACCAAAAUGCCCCUUUCGGUCCUCAACGUUUUAUAUUCUUUGUGUUUUACGUCUCGAUUUUAACCAGGGGUUUUUAAAGGAAAACCGAAAACCUGAACCCUUUUUUCUUCUUAAACUCUGGUUCCUGUAAUCCUCUGAUUUUAUUUUGCUUCUGCUUGGGGCGGGACGUGGGGGUGGCCGGACUUUCUCCGGGGAGGUCUGCCGCUGGAUGGGGGCAGGGGGUUCGGACCGACUGUGUUCUUGGACAGCGUUGGCGCCGUGACGGGCCUUGGGUCUCCUCUGCGUCCUUGGGCUCCAGAGCAGGGGAUACAGAUGAAAAAGUCCAGUUGGUUCAAGGAUGGGAAUUCCUUCGGGGAACCUGGCUUUUCGGCUCCAGAUCUGGCUCUUUGGUGCCGCAUCCUGGCGGGCUGUGCUGGAUCCUCGCCUUUGCCUCCUCCCUCUGGGUCGUCUGCUCCUGUGCUCCCGACCUCCCUGGUCACGGGAGGGGCCUGGAAAUGAGUGACAAGGGAGACAAGAAGAGUCCUUCUCGAGAAGCUGGGAUUUCCCCUCGAGAACUCAGGCCUAGGGCUGGACUCUCUGUGUGACCAGGAGCAAGUCGCCCAAACCUCCUGUGCCUCGAUUUCCCCCUUCUGCAAAGUGGGGCCAAGGAUUCUCAUUUGUCAACACUCUUAUUACCGAGCGCCGAAUAAGGGCAAACCAGUCCCCUUUCUCCGCGUGUGUCUGUGCGCGCACGCUAUCCACAGUCAUGUAAUCUCCACGGCUCGCUGUCCUUGAUUCCCAAGUCGGGUGGAGGGACGAGGGCAGGAUAACCAGCCUGGGGCCUCUGGGGCCACCUGCCACACAGGUAUUUGCUCAGCCACGUCCGUGGGGCUAGGCGGGUAAAGCAGGACCAACUGGCAGAUCUGUGUGGGCUUCGGCCCGGAGGCCAGGCACGGUACCCUUUCCCCAACCCCCAUCUCAAACAGAACUGGUUGGGCAGCCCUGUCUUUGCUCCCCAUCCCUCUGGGUGGGCCAGGCUGGCUCCUGGCUGUGGGAGAACCCUGUCCCCUGGGGACUAGGCGGGUGAGACCGGAGCUCUUUCAGGCUGGGACUGGUGGGCAUGUGGGGAGGGCAGCCGCUCUCUUCAGCAGGUGCACCCUCCAGCCCACGGGGUGACAGGGGGGCUCAGGGCUGCUUUUGGAGAUGGGUGGGACCCCUGGUCCACACCACCCCAACCUGGGCUUCACUCCCCUUGGGGUCAAGGGCAGGGUCAGGGGACUGGAGACCUGUUUGUUCUCAGAAUAAAUGUUACCGCUCUUCCA